AUGUCUCAACCCCCGCAGCCCGAUGGCCUCAAGCCAGCGGAUGACCCCUUCGAUACCUUUAUGCGGGAGCUGAACUCCCCCACCGGCACCAGGGAGCUCGAAUUCAUGAGCCGAGAGUUAGAUCCCGGGGAAAAAGCGGAUGAUGCUGUGGAUUAUGAAGAUAUCGAAGAUGAUGACGACCUCCCGGACGAAGAGCCGUCCAAACAUCCAGAUGCCGAAGACAAAACUGUUCAGCAGGGCCAGGGCUGGGAUAGCUUCACCCAAGACCUUGACACCGAAUUUUCCCGGCAGCCCCCAGGAGACGAACUUGAUGAUUUAUUCGGAGACGUACCGUCAUCACCUGUCGCGGCGGAGGCGGAUAAGCAUGGGGGGUUCGGACGUGCGCAGGAGACACAGCUUGCGCCUGGUGAAUCGGGGUUGCAGUCGCCGGUAGAUGAUAUGGACAUGAUAUUUGGUGAUGACGGAAAAGAAAGAUCUCCAACUCCAACAGAUAUGGACCCAGAAACGCUUCGACAGUACCAGCUACAACAGGCUCUAUUUGCCAUGUCCGCUUACGGGCCAGAUAACCCCCCAGCACCACCGGAGAAUCAUGAAGAAUUACUGGCGUCCCUGUGGCCUAAAUUCAAUCGCGAUGCUAUGCCGCGCUUCCUAGAACUCCUCCCUCCGAAAAAAUCACAUUACAUCGGCAAGACGCCGCUGAAACCACCCAAGCGGAUUUUGCCUACAAAAUUAAAACUCGAGUUUGCGCAAGAUCAGGAGCGCAUGUUUCGUUCUACCGGGAAACUAACGAAGCAGGCUUCAGAGCCAGAUUCACCGUCUGUCAUCAUGAUUAGUCCCCCUCCGAAAGAUGACGAUACCCUUGAUGAUAUCAUGGAUCUAGAGGAGGAUGAUUGGGAUGAGCAGCUUCCCGGAGGGGUUACUAUGCAGGACUUACAAUUUAUUUGUGCGGACUGGGACUUCAAGGACACAAUCUCGGAUGAAGAAGGACCUGAUCAAAACCACCUGCCUGCUCCAGAUGGUGAAUUCAAUGAAGAGGAGGAUGAUUGGCUUUUUGAAACAACGCCUCCAGCCAAAAAACGAAAAUUAGAAAAAGGCCCAGCCGAUUACCUUGCCCUUUCUCACAUCGACUUUCCUUUACUAGACGACCCUGCGGAGGUUACUGCUAAGCUUGCCAAACGGAUUAUUCUCGAUAUGAAUGAUCCCCGUCUUUUGCUCGACGAAAUAACCCCAGAACCAUCAGUCCAGGAAACGAAACUUGGAAGCGCUAGGACCCAGACCGACAAUUCCACAAAACGCAUGAUGCAACGCUAUAAUAUAUCAAAUGACGAAGCUUAUGAGAUGCUGAAAGAGAAUCAUAAAAACAAGGUCCGCAGUACGCUUGGCAAUAUUGUUCUGGAGCAUAGUAUGCCUGCAGUGCGACUCCAGUGGCCCUACUAUAAGACAAGGCUCGCGAGGCAGGAGGCUCGAUCUUUUCAUCGUCCUGCUCUCACUUUCUUCCCGAACCUCCCUAUCACCUUCAAAAAGCCGGCCGUGAUCAAGCGGAAGCACCAAAAAGGCAAGGAUGCCAAAUCUCUCUAUGAUUCAACAAAAUCUUUGUCUUUGGCGGAUAACUCGCAUGUUUUACUGCUCGAAUACUCUGAAGAACAUCCUAUGAUGAUGUCAAAUUUUGGGAUGGGAAGUCGCGUGAUCAAUUAUUAUCGCAAGAAAAAUGCCGAGGACUCCAUGCGUCCCAAAGGCGAAAUCGGAGAGACUGCAGUGCUUCUUCCCGAGGAUAAAAGCCCCUUUUCCACAUUCGGUCACGUUGAUCCGGGAGAGACCACGACUGCAAUUGCCACAGGCAUGUUCCUUGCUCCCGUUUUCCGACAAGAGUCGAAAAACACCGAUUUUCUCGUUGUCAGAAAUAGCACUGGUGUGGACGGUGCAAGCUAUUAUCUAAGAAAUAUUGAAAAUCUAUACGUCGCAGGGCAACAGUUUCCGUCUGUUGACGUACCAGGACCUCAUUCGCGGAAGGUCACAACUGCAGCAAAGAAUCGUCUAAAAAUGAUUUGUUAUCGCCAAAUUCGGAAAAACCGCAACCACAGAGUCAGUGUUGCCGAUAUCACCGAACAUUUCCCCGAGUCGACUGAUAUGCAAAACCGCCAGAAGAUGAAAGAGUUUUUGCAAUUUUCGAAGGAUCACAAGGAAUGGGAGAUGAAACCCGGAGAACCCAUACCGGACGAAGAUGUCUUACGGGGUUAUGUCAAGCCUGAAGACAUCUGCCUUCUUGAGUCGAUGCAGGUCGGUUUACAAUAUCUUCAUGAUGCAGGCUAUGACCGUGAGGAGGAUGAAGACGACGAUGGAGAUAAAGAAGGUGAUAGUUUAGAGCAACAACUCGCCCCAUGGAAAGCUACACGGAACUUUCUUCUUGCUUCUCAAGGAAAGGCGAUGCUACAGUUGCAUGGUGAAGGAGACCCGACAGGCCGAGGAGAAGGAUUUAGUUUCAUCAAGACGUCCAUGAAAGGAGGGUUUAGAGCGGUGGGUGAAAGUGUUGAAGACAAACUCGAUGCCCAAAGACUCAAAGAACUGGGCGGGCACAGUUAUAAUGUUGCACGCCAGCAGAAGUCGUAUGAAGACUCUAUUCGCAGGAUUUGGGAAAGCCAGAAGAAAAGCUUGUCAUCGACAAUUGAGCAUUCUGAUGCUGAAAGUGAUAUCGACGUCGACGAAGCUGAGGACUUGUUUGGAAAAUCCUCUGGCUUAGAACGACGCACCCCUCUACCAGGGCGCCGCGAUGACGAGACGACCAGCCAGUUUAGCAGAUUAAGUACGUCAAGUCAAACCAACAAAGUCAUGAGAAUUGUUCGCCAGGUCAGAAACUCUAGGGGACAGAUCGAAGAAGUCCAGGAAAUCGUUAAAGACCCGAGGGUCAUCAAACAGUAUCAGAAGCAGCGGUACGAAGCGGAACUCAGGGAAUUAUCUGCCGCCGACAUGGUGCCAACCGGCGAUCCCGAAACGGACGCUCGUCGCAUGAAACAUAUCCAAGACGAACUCCAACGUCUACAGCGCAACAAGGAGCGUCGCCAUGCCCGCGAGAAACAAAAGUCACUUAUGACCGAACCCAGGGAAGGUUCCCCAGAGACCGCCAACUCUCCCGCACCCACCGCCGCACCGAAAGGUGCUACACAGCGGAAAUGCGCCAAUUGUGGACAGGUUGGACAUAUCAAAACGAAUAAAAAGUAUGACUCCCCUUUCCCUCCAUCACCUCUUGUAGGUGGAAUGAUAAUCAAGAGCAAACCACCAACUUAUACUUUCUUAGACUCUGCCCUCUUCUCAACGGGACGAUGA